GGCCACGGGUCCAGUUUUGAAUGGGACAAGGCUCUGCCGCCUCGUUUGCACGUCACGUUCUCUCGCUGGGCUCUGUUUGUUUGGGACGGCAUCGUUCGGUUUCAUUUUAAAACGCGUCCUCAACCGAAGCGAACGCAGGUUGAGCUGCUGGGCGUCUCCGUGUGUCGUUUCGUAGUAGCAUUCGCAGUUUCGCCAGUCGGUGGACUCCAAUCGCCUUUUGGGUUUGGAAUCCGAUUUUUGCAUCUCCCGUUGCAUCUCCCCGUUCUCCCCCUGGGGUGGGAUAGUGCAUCAUCGCUGCCCCUUCACAACCUCCCGCCCCGCAACUAUUCGCUUAUCGCGAGGUAUUUACUAGGCCAAACACAGCAAAACAAGAACACAACCGUUUGCCAAACCCCGUUUGAGUAGAGUGUUUAGUUGCGUGCGCGAAGUGAUUUUGUUCGUUCUAUCUCGCUUUCGGUUUACAAAGAGAGAGAAAGGAAAGUGUCGCGAUCGCGUUGUGAAAAGUGGCAGUGAAACAAACGGUUGAUUUGAAAACGCACUUGUACCAAACCUCUACAGGAAGCGACAACAAAAAACAAACAAACAAACACAUAUCGAAACCAGCAUAUAUUACACAAAGCUAGACAAACAAAAAAAAAGCACAAGAUAAAGAAAACACAGCAACAGUUUGGUUUGUGGUUCGUGAUCGGUUUUCUAGCCACCCAGCUACCGCCCAGCCCCAAAGGCCCGUUUGAAACCCCUCAACAAAUUAAUGCAAGCCGGCGGAGAGCGAAAGACUCCAGCGAAAGACAGACUCCGACCAGUGUGUUUGUGUGUGUAUUCAAGUGUGUGACUGUGUGCGCGCGCCGUUUUCUUCCUUUCUUCUAUCAUUCCACCGGAACCACGGCACACCGGUGCGUGCACGGGGUGGAACACAACAAAAACGGUGAUAAUUAAAAUUUAUUGAAAAUCUAUGUUAAUUUGCCGCGGUUUGUCACCGAGACGAGGAAAGAGAGAGAGAGAGCAGUGUGUAAAGGAAGUGACCACAAAGUGUUUGUGUGUGCGUGUGCUUGUGUUUGUGGGUCUGUUUCGAUUGUGUUUGAGGGUGAUCUGCGGUGCGCUACUAGCAGCAAUCGGUCUCCCCCAAAACUCCAACACACACGCGGGUUCGUUGUUUCGCGCCGUUCGGUCAGAGACUUGAGCUGAGGGAUACACGCGCCAUCGCACGUACAGCGGUGCAGCUCGCUGCAGUGCAUCAACGGAGGGUUUGUCUUCAAACCAGUGGACAACGUCCUAUCUCGGCAUUCGUGUUAAUUAGGGUGGCGAUUUAUGUGAAGAUUCUGCUGCAUCGUGAUCCUUGCUACCACCACCGCUACCUGUGAACCAGAACGUGUACCAGAAGCGCCUGCAUAGGUGGAUCUGUUUCUGUGUAUGUGCGUGUGUGUGUGUGAGUGGGUGGAAAACCAAGCCAGUUUGGCACAGGUGAGCAAUUGUGAGCCACUUUGAUUACCCUGCCAGGCGUUCGGGUGCAAUUAAAAAGGGAACGACACUGACGGGCAACAGUGAGUGUGCCAUCAUAUCGUACCGAGUCGUCAUCGCCUGCAGACAAGUGUCCGGCUCCUGUGAGGCUUUAUACUCAAGAACUUGCAAAGGUCGACAACAGAACCUUGCUGUGCAGAGCGAGAGAGUGAGAGAGAGAGCUCAAUGCGAGGCGCAGCAGUGUUAGCGAGCGUGAGCGAACUUUGUGCGUACUUGGCCCUGCCAUCGAGUGAUGGCCAGUAAUGGGGGGACUCUGCAUGGGGUUCCCCAAAGUGUGUCACAGCAGCAGCAGCAGCAGCAGCAGCAGCAGCAUAUCUGCUCCCAGUGUGGCCUAUACUUUGAGAGUGCGUCCUCGUUGCAGGUGCAUCAUAUGCACUACCAUCAGCAUGACAGCAUGAAUCGCUGGGGUUCGUCGCAGCAGCAGCAGCAGCAGCAGCAGCCAGUGGUCAGUACAACGCUUGCAACGACAGCGGUCGCGACGACGACAACGGCCGCCACCAUCACAACGAACGGCUCGGUCGUCCCUUCGUCCACGACGCCCACCUCCUCCGACACGGAGAACAACAACCAGCCCGGGUCGCUUACCCCCACGGGCGGCCUGAAGCCGGUCGCUUCGCCGCAGCAGCAGCAGCAGCAGCAGCACCAUACGACGAUAGCAGCGGCCGCUGACUCGAGCGAUAAUCAGCCGCCAACGCCACAGCCCACCAUCACGGAGCCCGGAACUCCGCAAAGCUACAGUGGUGGUGGUGGUGGUGGUACAUCACCCUACCACACUCAGCAACAUCAGCAGCAGCAGCAGCAGCAGCAGCAACAAGUGAGUCAGCAUCAGCUAGGACUGCCGAGCGGUGCGCCCGGCAGCGAGAUGCACUAUCCGAGCUACAUCCAUCCCGGGGCGUACGAUUACGCGUACGCCGGCGGCCCGGGGCUCGACUACGGCGGUGGUGGUGUGCUCGGUGCACCGCUGCAGCCGACCGACUACAAGUCCAGCUCGUCGGUCGUGUCGUCCGCCCGGUACCAUCCGUACGGUGGCCCGGGAAGCAACGGCCCGGCGGACGGUUCGUCGCCGGCCGUGGUCAGCAGCAACGGUUCGGCUGGCAUGAGCCCGCAGGUGGUAAGUUCUUCGAACGGGGUUAGCGUGGCCGGAAGUGGCAGUGCUGGAGCGGGCAGUGUAACGACGGUCGCCAGCACCACCUCCCACCAGUCGCAGUCGUCGCACUCGCCGCAGAAUGGGACGGGCGGGUCGAACAUUCCGCCGACGCCGUCCCCGUCGCCGAUCCAGUGCGAGAAGUGCGGGCUGGUGUGCGAGUCCGACGAGGCGCUGAACGAGCACGAGGCGACGGUACAUUCGAGCGUGCCGGUACAGUCGGCGCAGGAUCAGCAGCAGCAGCAGCAGCAGCAGCAGCAGCGUGUCGAUCAGGUCGAUCUACAAACUGGCGGCGGAGCGAACUGCUAUCCGUACGGAGGUGGCGGCGGUACGCCCGGCUACCCCGUGAAGGAAGAGACGCCCGCCAGCGACAUCCUCGAUCUCGACUCGCAGAAGAUGGUGGGCUAUGGGGCGGGCGCGGACGGCGGGCUCCUGCCACCGAUGAACUCGCUCCACCCGCUGCAGUCGAUGCAGCGCCACCCGAUGAUGGCCUGGCCGCACCACGACCCGCACAACUUCAUGGGGCCGCCGCCGCCGCUGCCCCCACCGCCGCACCAUGCCGGUGCCGAUAUGAAGCAUUCCGCGGCGGCAGCAGCAGCGGCCGCCGCCGCCUACUACCACCACCCGAUCAAGUCCGAGUACUCGGCCACCCCGUCGAUCAAGUCCGAGUAUCUCGGCGGCGGUGGCGUCGGUGGUGGUGGCCAUUACGGUGCGCCCGGCGGUCCGAUGGUGAAGAACGAGUACAGCCUCGCGCCCACGCUGCCGCCGCCGGCCGUCGCGCCGCAGGCGACGAACCCGCAGUCGAUGAAGCAGUACGCGGACGAGAUGCACGACAAUCAGCUCGCGACCAGCCCGUCCGACUUCCCGAGCACGACGACACCGCAGGAAAGUGGCUCCCAGUAUCGGACGUUCGAGCCGGCCACCUCCUCGCUGCCGGGGACGGGCUCGGGCCCCACCAAGGGCACCGCGUGGAAGUCGAACGAGGCGCGCCGCCCCAAAACGUACAACUGUACCGCGUGCAACAAGUGGUUCACCAGCUCGGGCCACCUGAAGCGGCACUACAACACGACGCUGCACAAGAACGCGGUCAAGUCGAGCGGCCAGCCGGACCCGGCGACGCUGCCGAUCAGUGUGCACCACCAUCCGGGGCGCGAUCCGAACUACGCCAACAAGGGGCGGCGCGGCGGGACCGGCAACGGUGGCGCCGGCGGUUCCGGCGGCGGCGGUGGUGGCGCCGGCGGCGGUGGCUCCCAGCUGCAGCAAACGAUACAGCAGCCGGUACCGCCGCCCGACCCGCCCAGAAGCCCCGAGUACGGGGCGGCCGGCCAGCAGUACGCGGGGGCGGGGUUUCCAGCGGCCGGGACAUCGCCCGGCCAGCAGCAGCACCAUCCGGGCGGCGGCCAGCUAGUCAGCACGAACCAAUCGGCGGGGUUUCACCACCCGUACGCCGGCGCGACCAGCGCGAACGGCGGCAGCACGUCGGCGAGCAGCUCCACUUCUUCAGCGGUUCCCCCAAACGGGGUAGCAGGUCCCUCCGUCCAAGUCUCCCAACCGAGGGGCCUGCAGAUCUACUCGAACAGCAGCAGCAGCAGCAUGGCGGAGCAAAUGGAGCAAGCCACCCAUACCAUUACCACCAUCCUCACGCCCACCACCCAGCAGCCCAUCUGCACGGCGGGCAUCCCGGACAUCCCGGGCACCACCAUCUGCACGGGCACGCGCACCCCGGGCACCCCGGGCACCCGCACGCCCCCCACCAUGGGCAUGGGCUCGCCGCAGCCGCCGCCUCACCAUCUGCAGCAGCGGCAGCAGCAGCCGCCGCCGCAGCAGCAGCUGCCGCCGCCCACCAUCAGUUCAAUGGAGCCCUACCACCACCACCACCACCACCACAUGCACACAAUGCACACGCACAUCUCCAAUCCUUUAACUAUCAGCACCACCAGCAUUCCAUCCUUCCAAACCAUCCUGCCGGAGGCGCCGAGCUAUCACCUUAUUAUUGGUAAUGGGUCGCAGUACCACCCGGGGGGUCAUCAGCUCCACCAGCCGGCGGGGGACGGUGGCCAGUGGGCGGACCUGCCCACCGAUGGGACGGAGGGGCUGAUCGAGUCGACGACGGGCGGACGCACGCCGUUGGGGUUUCCCCGAUGUGCGGGGGGCGCCGAGGUGUACCAGGGCGAUACGGCGCCCCCCUUCUCACCUAACGUACCGGAGCAGUACCACCAGCAGCGGUCGGGGGGUGGCGAGGCCGGUCUACCCAUCGGCAUGACGAUGCUGCACGACGGCCAGCUGGCGACCGAGUCCGGCAAGUACAAGGACUACCUGCAGUCCGAGGUCGACCCGUACCAGGAGCAGCUGCUGUACCGGGUGGCCACCCCGCAGCUCGGCGCCACCGCACCAUCCAUCUCGCCCGCGCCCUGCUCCCCGAGCGUCACCUCGACGGACGUCGGGCAGACGCAGCUGGGACGCGCGCGGGGCCAGAAGGCGGGCCACAACGGCAGCGCGAGCGGGCAGCCGCCGGAGGUCCACCGGUGCAUCGAGUGCGACAAGGUGUUCAACAAGGUGUGCUACCUGACGCAGCACAACAAAACGUUCCACUCGGGCGACAAACCGUACAAGUGUCACCGGUGCGGCAAGCGCUUCCCCUGCAACCAGUCGUACGAGGAGCAUCUGGCGAAGCACGGCGGCGAAAAACCGUUCAAGUGCGAGCAGUGCCCGAAGCAGUUCAACCACAAGACGGACCUGCGGCGGCACAUGUGCCUGCACAGCGGCUCGAAACCGUACGCCUGCGAGCAGUGCGGCAAGGGCUUCAUCCGCAAGGACCACAUGAUGAAGCACGCGGAAACGCACCGGAAGAAUGCGGCGGCGGCGGCGGCGGCCGCCGGCCACGACGGCCCGAAGCGCCCCGGCAAGGGGCAGGGCGGCAUCAAGGGCGGUGGGCGCAAGAUCGUCGGCCUGAUGGACGAAUGACGGUGGCUGUCGCUUCGCUGUCUCACACCGGAGCAGUGAAAAGCCCUCGGUGGAGCCGGCGAUCGGAGCUUGCGAGGUGUCUGCGUACACGUGAGUGAGUGCGGGGGGGGGG